AUGUCUUUGUUUGUAAAUACUUUCUUAAGGAACAGUUUUCAGUCUAAUUUAAGAUUCAUAAGACCAUGCCGGAGUUUCCACUUUACCCACGUGAAUUGUCUUUACUCGCCUGCAUCACUAGGCAUCGAUGGUUAUCUUCUUACGAGGAAACGGUCUAAAGAACAAUUUGCUAAUUUUGCUGAGAAAUUUAGGAUCAAAAUGAAUGAUUUUGCAUCCGAUUCGAAAAAUAUGAUAUUCACGGAAGAUUUGAAAAAUAUGGUACAUUUAGCUGAACCUACUGACUUGGAGCUUGUAUUAAUAAUGAUUAAAAAAUUUAACACUCAGCAGAGUGAAUACAGAUUUGGUUCAUUUGUUUUUGGACCAGUUGUAAUGAGAAUGUUUCAUUUCUUAGAUGCACCUAAAGAAGCUUUAGAGUGUUUUUAUGAUCCAAAGAACGAGGGCUUCUUUGAUCAGCUAGUAUCAUACCAUAUUCUAUUAGAUCUGCUGUACAAUCAUGAGAUGUAUGAUGAGAUGUAUAAGGUAUUUGAAACAGUUCAAGAGAAACAAAUCAACAUGACAAAGUUCCCUAAGUAUUGUGUUGUACUAAUAUUAGCUGCAUGUUACAAACAAAAUACACCAAAGAGUUUGGAGUAUGCUUCAAAGCUAUGGACACAAAUGAAUCAAGUCGGGACUUUACCUGUCAGGAGAGCAUGCACUUAUUUUGCUGCACUGGCUUUAAACCAAGGUGCUCCACAACGAGCAAUGGAGUCAAUAUCUACGCAAAGGCAGCACUAUGUUACUAUUAGAAAUAUUAAGGCAAUGGCGUUAGCAGACAUGGGCAGGGUCGAUGAUGCAUUACCAGUAUUACGGUCAGUGUUAGACAUUGACAGACCAUCUCAAACCGACAAGCACACUUUCUUUGAAGAAACAGUUGAAAGAGUUCGACAAGCCGUGGAGAAGAGUGACAGCAGCGAUAUAAAGAAAGAAUUUGACGACAUCUAUAAGGCCUUGAAAGAUCGAGGGUUAAUAGAAAAUAAGACCCUCGAACAGUUGCUAAACGCUGAGAUUUUAAUGACCAAAAAAACAGAUUCAACAAGAGCGAAAUCCCCAUUCCAAAUGAAAAAAAUGCCAUUCGUACCACGUCACAAGUAUCCUAAAAGAAUCGUGUAA